AUGGAUGAUCAUGAUUCAGUCGACAAAUUAAUAGCAAACACGUUUUUCAAGCAUGUGAGGGCACAAUCCAACAACAAGAGAUGUGCAGAUUGUGAUAAGCCAUCACCGAUAUGGAUCGCAGUGACCUAUGGGUUUUUUAUAUGCACUGAGUGUGCUGCAAAGCAUCGAGAGCUUGGUGUUGAAAUAAGCAAGGUAAAGUCAAUGAUACUUGAUGGAUGGAAGCUGUCUGAGCUGAGAAGAGUGUAUGUGUCAGGAAAUGCGAAUGCGUCAAAGCUUGGGAAAGGGCCUGAUAUGCGUUUAAAAUAUACAGGUGCUGAGUGGUAUGCAAAGAAUGUUGAUGACAUGGUAAAGAAGAGCGAAAUUGACGAGCCUGGAAUGGAAUUUAUCCACAAUCUCGAAUGUAAAAGCAAGAAUACCUUGCAGCCCAAAAAGGUAAGCGAUAUCAAGAUGCCCAAGUUUUCUGAAGAUGCUAUUAUUGCGCAGGUACAAAAUGAUGAUGUUAUCAAGGACAAUGUGAGUAAUAAAGAGAUUUCAACAGCUCCUGUGCACGAAGAAGCAGUCAUAAAAAAGAAUUCACCUGCUUCGCUUAGGAUAUCGUCAAGAAACAAAUUUAAUCUUGAGAACAAUCCAACGGAUACAAACAGACUUGGGUUUGGCGCAUUGAAUUUGAAGGACAGUCAUGAAGCAGAAUCCUCCGUUGAAUCGAUAGAAAAGCCAACAAUCAGCGGCAAUCAGCAGUGA